AUGAAUCCAACUCUCAAUAGUAUUAUAUCUUCUCUGCAGAGAAAUGGAACAUGUAUUAAUUCUUUAAUUGCUGCUUUGACUAUUGCUGGACAACAGCUGUUCUCUUCUUAUACAUUUGGAUGUCCCUGUCAGGUGGGAAAGAACUUCUAUUAUGGUUCUGCUUUUUUAGUCAUUCCAACCUUGAUUCUUCUGCUUGUUGGCUAUGCUCUGAGAAGUCAAACAUGGACAAUCACUAAUGAAUACUGCUGCAAAUGUGGCUCUCGACACCAGAAAGUCAGCCCCUUGGAGCGCAAGCUGGCUUGCCUUCGAUUCUUUGGCAUCACUGGAAGGGCACUUGUUGCUCCAUUGACAUGGCUGGCAGCGAACUUGCUAACAGGUAAUUACUAUGAAUGUGCUGCAAGUGAAUUCACAUCUGUGGACCAAUACCCGGUGUUUGACAAUGUCAGUGCUGACAAACGGGAAGAAAUGCUGGCUGAGUUUCCAUGUUUCACAUCAACUGAGUCUGAAGAUAUGACCCUGGUAAGAGAUGACAUAGCCCUUCUGCACAGAUACCAGUCUCAGAUGCUGGGCUGGAUUUUGAUCACCUUGGCAACUGUUGCUAUCCUUAUCUCCCGCUGUGUGGCAAGGUGCUGUACUCCCUUCACCUCCCUGCAGUAUUACUACUGGGACAACCACCUCCACAAUGAGCAGGAGCUCUUUCAACAGGCUGCAGAGCAGCACUCGCGAUUCCUCAUCAGAAAGCGUAUCCAGAAACUAUUUGGUUUUGUCCCUGGAGAUAAAGAAGUCAAACACAUCCGUAUUCCUUCUUGUCAGGACUGGAAAGAUAUGUCAGCACCCAGUCUUCUCUGCAUGGGUGAGGACUUUCAAGGUCAUUAUAGCUUCUUAAGAGACAGGGUGGAUGAAGAGAAUGAAGAAGACAAAUCAGAAGGCAUUGAAUUAAAAGGAAUGUCUCUCGCCCAACUCCCGUGGACCCCAAGCUGCGAGGCUCGGGAACGGCUAGUAGCCACCCGACAGCGACCACCACCCGACCCUCAGACCAAUUUCGCGGCACCUCCCAGGAGCCAAAGAGCCACAAGGCGGAAGUCGGGAUCCACGAAAUUCGCUCGAGCCUCGAGCAUCCAGCGGCUAGUGCCGCUGUCCCCACCCGGGCCAGCGAGGCGGGCCUCCAGCCCAGACCAGUCGAGUGACGAUGCUGUGCUGAAGGGGCUUCUCAGCUUCAGGUCCCACAAAGUCAGCAACCCCAUCGUAGGUGUCUGCAGCGAAUGCCGGACGGCGGAUCGGCACCACGCCGGCGAAUCCCAAGCGGGCGUGGUACAGGCAGCAUAUCAGUGA